GCCAGCGAGCGGAGGCAGCCGAGGCCAAGCGCUGCCGUGCGCCCUGCUGCUCCGCCCGGUGCGCGCCCGGGAAAGUUGCCCCGGCGGCCGCGCGCUGCUGCGCCGGCCAUGGAGGAGCGGAGGAGUCCCCGCUGGGCCGCCCGGCCCCCCGGCCCCGGCAUGAGCCAUGAGCCAAAGUCACCUUCUCUAGGAAUGCUUUCAACCGCGACCCGGACCACCGCCACCGUCAGCCCCCUGACCCCUUCUCCUCUCAAUGGCUCCCUUGUGCCCAGUGGCAGCCCGGCAGCCAACAGCACUUUAUCAGUCCAGGCCGUGCCCUCCUCCAGCUUUGCCGCCGCCUUGCGCAAACUUGCCAAACAGGCUGAGGAACCCAGAGGGUCUUCAAUAAGCAGCGAGUCUUCUCCAGUUUCCUCGCCAGCCACCAACCACAGCUCUCCUGCGAGCACGCCCAAGCGAGGACCUAUUGGGCCUCUCAUCGUUCCUCCAGGAGGGCACAGUGUGCCGAACACACCUCCUGUGGUAACCAUUGCACCCACCAAAACUGUGAACGGUGUCUGGAGAAGCGAAGGGCGACAGCAAGAAGCUGGCUCACGAAGUGGCGGCGGAAGCAGCAACGGGAACCGGGACCGCCUGAUUGCCGAGGGUCCGUUACCCCAGGAGAAAGCCGGUGGUCCGGCCAUCCCUUCGCACUUGCUUGGGGGCCCGUAUUCCUUUGGGAUUCCGCCCAGUUCCAUUGUCCAGGAUUCUCGCUUCCCACCUCUCAACCUCCAGCGCCCUGUCCACCAUGUGGUGCCUCCCAGCGCCGUCACAGAAGACUACCUGCGGAGCUUCCGGCCCUAUCACACAGCGGAGGAGCUUCGCAUGUCCUCCCUGCCUCCCCUCGCCUUGGACCCUGCCACUGCUGCUGCUUAUUACCAUCCCAGCUACUUGGCUCACCAUCCUUUUCCUCACCCAGCCUUCAGGAUGGACGAUUCCUACUGCCUUUCUGCUCUCCGCUCUCCUUUCUACCCAAUUCCAACGCCUGGUUCACUCCCGCCCCUCCACCCAUCGGCUAUGCAUCUCCACUUAUCUGGAGUGAGAUACCCCACCGAGUUGUCCCAUUCAUCUCUUUCUGCCCUUCAGUCGGAACGCAUAUCCAGCCUGGCUGCGGAAAGGCUGCAGUUGGACGAGGAGCUGCGGCUACGGGAGCGAGAGAAGGAGCGAGAACGGGAGGCCGACCGGGAGCGGGAGAGGGAGCGGGAGCGGGAAAAGGAGCUGGAACGAGAACGGGAGAAAGAGAGGGAGCGGGAGCGGGAACUGGAAAGACAGCGCGAGAGGGCCCGGGAGAAGGAGCAGAGCAUCGUCAAAGCCAUGGAAGGCCCCUUCCUGCCUGUCUCAGAAUUGCAAGGGCCGAGGACCCACCCGCCUGAAGAACGUGUCAAACCAUCUGAACAGCUAACGCCAAACCGAGCAGAAAAACCAAAGGAUUCUUCUGCUGCCCAGACCCCUAAACCAGUCCAGCCUGCGUUGCACCAGCCAUCUGCCUCACAGCACCCAGUGCCCAGUUUGAUUUCCAGCCACAGUAUCUUCCCCCCGCCUGGAAGCAGCACAGCCACCGCGCUUCUCAUCCAGCGCACCAAUGAGGAAGAAAAAUGGCUGGCACGCCAGCGGCGGCUGCGGCAGGAGAAAGAGGACCGCCAGUCCCAGGUGUCUGAGUUUCGGCAGCAGGUCCUGGAGCAGCAUUUGGAUAUCGGGCGCCCAGCCGGACAGAUGGAAGUGGAGCAUCGGCCAGAGAACUCCAGACUGGGACCAGGCCGCCCCGAACUGGGAAGCCGAGACCAAGCCCAGCAUUUUGGAGGGCCCCCUCCGCUCAUCUCCCCCAAGCCGCAGCCCCACCCUGUCCCCACUUCCCUCUGGAACCCGGUCUCCUUGAUCGACAACGCUACGGAAGCUCGGCGGGUACUGGAUAGCCACCCUCUCCCGGCCCACGCCAACCAGUAUGAGUCCGCCCGGCACGCCAUCCCUUUAGUGAAAGUGGAGCGUGUGUACUGUCCUGAGAAGGUCGAGGACGGAUCCCGGAAAAAGGAACAUUUGGACAAAUACCCACCGGGCCGAGAACUGGGCGGAUCGGAGCAUGGUGGGUUUCCCCACGGACCCUUGUUAGGCGAAUGGGAGAAGAGGACCCCCCUCCCACAGAGCGGACCAUUUGCAGAGACCCUGAAGACCCAGCCCGGUCCCCCUUACGGGCAUCUCUUGCCCCGAGGCCACGACCCCAUGUAUGUUUACGAUGAAUUCUUGCUGCAGCAGCGCAAGCUCGUCAGCAAGCUGGACCUGGAGGAGAGGAAGCGGAGAGAAGCCCAGGAGAAAGGUUAUUAUUAUGAUCUGGAUGAUUCCUACGAUGAGAGCGACGAAGAGGAAGUACGGGCCCAUCUGCGCUGCGUUGCAGAGCAGCCACCUUUGAAGCUGGACACUUCCUCUGAGAAGCUGGAGUUCCUACAGCUUUUUGGGCUGACCACUCAGCAACAGAAGGAGGAGCUGCUGAUCCAGAAACGGAGGAAAAGACGGAGAAUGUUGCGGGAAAGCAGCCCCUCCCCACCAACCAUCCAGAGUAAACGUCCAACGCCUUCCCCCCGUUUUGUGCUCUCGACUCGUUACAGCCCUGACGAAAUGAACCACAGUCCCAACUUUGAAGAGAAGAAGAGGUUCCUCACCACCUUCAAUUUAACCCACAUUACUGCGGAAAAAAGGAAAGAUAAAGAGAAGCUGGUAGAGAUGCUUCAUGCCAUGAAACAAAAAAAUAUCUGCACAGCAUCAUCAGUUAAAAGCUCCCCACGGGACAGUCCUAGUAUUGUUCAAGCUGAACCACAAGGGCAGCAAACGCCGUUGGAUUUGGACAAGCCAGUCAGCGUUGCUCCAGCUUGCCUGCCAGAGGCCCAGAAGACAGCCGAGUCCUGCAGAACAAAUCAUCUGAGGCCGCACGAGUUUCCACGAGCCAAAGAACUGGUUCCUCUCCCUGCUGAGAAGCCCAGGUUGAGCGAGGGGCACCCGGUCAAGAAGAAUCUGAGCCUCCUGAACUGCAUGCGGGGCUCUUUGCCGAAAGAUGUCCCCAUUCCGCUCUCCCACAGCCUGAAUGGGAAGAACAAGCAGUGGGAACCGUUCCUGGCCGAGGAAUUUGCCCAUCAGUUCCAUGAGUCCGUCUUGCAGUCCACCCAGAAGGCGUUGCAGAAACACAAAGGUAAUUCAAUGAUUCAUUCGGCGGAGCAGAACCAUAAAGUGGAUGCGUCCAUCCAUUAUAACAUUCCGGAAUUGCAGACUUCAAGCUGGGGGUCUUUGCCACAGCAGAACGGCCAGAAAGAUCCCCAGCAUAAGGGACUUAUUCCUCCAGAACAUGACAAGAUCUCGGAUUCAGAGGAAGAGGAGGAAGAAGAGGAGGAAGAGGAGGAGUACCCCAGACCAAAAUGGCAUGGAAUUGAAGCAAUCUUUGAGGCUUACCAAGAACACGUAGAUGAGCAAAACCUGGAACGGCAAGUGCUGCAGACACAGUGCAGACGCUUAGAGGCCCAGCACUACAGUCUCAGUUUGACUGCGGAACAGCUUUCACACACCAUGGCGGAGCUAAGGAACCAGAAGCAGAAGAUUGUCUCUGAAAGGGAGCGACUUCAGGCCGAACUAGAUCACUUGAGAAAGUGCCUUGCGUUGCCUGCAAUGCAGUGGCCCCGGAGUUAUUUCAAGGGGUAUCCCAGGUGACACUCCCUUGCACUAGGCCAAACAUAGAAUAUAGAAAUAAUAAUCUAUUUUAUUACCUGGAAUAUUUAAUAUUUUUCACUGGGAGGUUUGAAGCUUAAAUAAAUAAAUAAAAGAGUAAAUAAAUAAAAGAAUGUGCCAUGCAUGGAGCAAAGGAUUUGGUGGGAUCCAGAAAUCUGAACCCACCUCUUAAAAAGUGCAACUGAACUGAACCUUUUAAAAAACUCUGCAAGUGAUCUAUUUAGAAGGACUCUAGUUUUCAUUACAUUUGAAAGGGUUAUUUUCUUUCUGCAUCUUCGUCUGCUUUUCUUUCUCUUUUUUUUUUUUUUUUUGAAGAUCUUGGUUUUAAUCCAGAGAUUCCAUCAAUGACACUAACAUUCGCCUCCUGUUGAAGGGGCCGCCAGGUUUGAAUCCUGGCUCCUCCUCUGCGUUGCCAUAUUAGUUCAAUUGCUAUACUUGAGUUGUUUUAUUUGUUCUGAAAUACGUUGUUUCUUCGCCCAAGAGUACCCGUAUGCAUCCAUUUUUGUUAGAAUGAACUGCUGGCUAUUUUGGAUGACCAUUUCCUGCACAGUAAUAAUCUAGCAGAAGAAAAUGCAGCUUCCAGCCUGGACUUCCCAUGCAUCAGUCAGUUUUGGCUGGAAAUGCACUUCACUUGACAAAUAAAAGUGAAUAAACAAACUGAAGGUACCUUUCUAUCAUGGGGAGGGGAAGAUGUAUAGAACAUACGAUGCAUAGAUUAUGUACCCCGGUGGGUAGAAUUUUCAUACAAAGAUUUUGCAAUUAAAGAGUUGAAAAAGGUGCUUCAGCCUUAGUGUGUAUAUAUUUUAAAAAGUUUUGUACGUUUUUAUUACUUUAAUUAUUAUUAUAAAAAGCUUGCCAUUUUCAA